AUAUUAAAUUAUACUAUUAAAAAUUAAAAAUAAAUUAAUAAAUCAAAACAGACAAGGGCACUAACAUCACAAUCACAUGCUUCUUCUCGUCCUCUCUUUUUUCAUAUAUAUGUAUAUUAAAAAAUUAAUUUCAAUAUUGUUUUCCAAAAAUAAUCAUGAGCAUUUGAUUCAGCAUCACUUGAAAUUUUCUCAACGCCGCUCCUCUUUCUCGUACAGCCAAAGAAGUUGACGGCUGUUAUUCGAUUCCCCUCUGCUGCUGUUGCUUAUCGGAAGGAUCCAUCCUGAUUUAUUCAUCGGAAUUGGAGCAAUUAGAGAUUCUUGUUAUUGAUGGCGGAUCUCAAAGAACGCCUGCUCCCACCAAAACCUGCGUCUGCUGUGAAUCUAAGAGAUGCUUCUUAUAGAGCAUCUGCCUCUGGACGCCAACCUUUUCAAGCUGUUGAUGUUUUGGGUUUGAAGAAGCGUGGCCAAGGGGUGCGGUCUUGGAUUCGUGUUGAUUCAUUUGGGAACUCACAGGUUAUUGAGGUUGACAAGUUCUCUAUGAUGCGUCGUUGUGAUCUACCUGCUCGUGAUCUACGUUUGCUUGAUCCUCUGUUUGUUUACCCUUCAACAAUUCUUGGUAGAGAGAGGGCCAUAGUUGUAAAUUUAGAACAGAUUCGAUGUAUUAUUACAGCUGAUGAGGUUCUGCUACUAAAUUCCCUUGACAGCUAUGUAUUGCAAUAUGUGGUGGAGCUACAAAGGCGGUUGCAAGCACCUGGAGUAGGUGAGGUUUGGCAGUCAGAAGGUCCUGAAUUGAAUAGAAGGAGAAGUAAGAAUUUUGACAAUGUAUUUGCAAACCCAUCCCCUGAUUAUUUGCCCUUUGAAUUUAGGGCUCUUGAAGUUGCUUUGGAAGCUGCUUGUACUUUCCUUGAUUCUCAGGCAGCAGAAUUAGAAAUUGAAGCAUACCCAUUACUAGAUGAACUGACAUCAAAGAUCAGUACAUUAAACUUGGAACGUGCGCGCCGAUUGAAAAGUAGACUUGUUGUCUUGACCCGGAGAGUUCAGAAGGUUAGGGACGAGAUAGAGCAGCUCAUGGAUGAUGAUGGAGAUAUGGCUGAAAUGUACCUUACUGAAAAGAAAAGGCAGUCAUCAUUCUAUUGUGAUCAGUCUUUGUUGGGAUUUAGAUCAAAUGAUGGUGGGCUAUAUGCUUCUGCUCCAGUUUCUCCUGUUUCUUCGCCACCCGAGUCCCGGAGGCUUGAGAAAAGCUUGAGCAUUGCAAGGAGCCGGCACGAGAGCAUGAGGAGUUCAGAAAGUGCUACAGAGAGUAUAGAGCAGUUAGAGAUGUUGCUGGAGGCAUAUUUUGUUGUCAUUGAUAGCACCCUGAACAAGUUGACAUCGUUGAAGGAGUACAUUGAUGACACAGAGGAUUUCAUCAAUAUUCAGCUGGAUAAUGUCCGAAACCAACUCAUCCAAUUUGAGCUUCUACUCACAACAGCAACCUUUGUUGUUGCCAUAUUUGGGGUGGUAGCUGGCAUUUUUGGUAUGAAUUUUGCUAUACCAAUGUUUGAUGACCCAGGAGCAUUUAAGUGGGUUCUCAUUAUUACUGGAAUAACUGGAAUCACCAUUUUUUGUGCAUUUGUAUGGUUCUUCAAGUACAGAAGACUUAUGCCGCUGUAGAUUUAUUAGGAAAAUGCAAGUAGAUGUCAAGAUUAUGCUUAACAAGCUGCUUCUAUUAAUUACUUCUGUAUUCCAUAUGAAAUGAAAAAAAUAUAGUAAUGGAACAUGGCUCUUUGUCAGGGCGUGUUUUCAAAGGCUCCAUUUGGAUUAGUGUCCAUCGGAGCGGACGGAGUUGAGAAAAAUUGCUCGAGUUCGGGGCGAGAUGGGUAUGGAACAAAUUGCAAAUUUUAGAUUUACAGUACAAGAAAAAAAAUGAAAGCCAAGACUCGUUGAUUUGGCGUUUUA